UCGACCGAUGGAAAGAAACGAGGUAGAGGUUCUACCACCCGGAUUUUCUGUAACUCGAUCCUGGAAAUCUACGAAGGAACCUACGACGAGGAAUUGAGCUUCCCUCCCGACCCAGGAACAGGAUUAUUCUAUUCUCCCGCUACGUCCGUGUGCGCUCUGCUUCAGUGGCGAACGAGUUGGAACACCGAACGCAAGAGGAAGGAAAAAUAAUUGCUUUCCCAGGCGUCGAUCAUACAUAAAAGACAGGGAGACAGAUAUAUAUAUUCCUCUCCUUUACUCUGUUCUCUCCCGUCCACGGGAAAUGUGAAAAGAGACCCGUCGGAUUGGAGGGUCGUCGUCUUACCGCUUGACGUGCUUUUAAUUAUAGAGAUCAUCAGGGAAGCGUCGUCGGGGCUUUUGAUUGCGCGAGCAGGGACGGCAGGUCAACGGAAGAGCAAGGUUAUCGCUGCGUUUUGUGCUUCUAGAACGUGAAAGCUGUCACACGUCGGGCAAAGAAAGCCGGCAGCGAAGUAUCUUUACAUUCUUCAGCGAUCGUGCCAAGUGUACCGAGAGAAGUGGUGGUGUACACCGAGAAAAGGUCAGCUUUUUAGCGAGCAACGGCGCAGCAAGAAGACGGCUCUCCGGCUUCCGGCGCGAUCGGGGAAAAAUCAUCAACCGAGGUGGCGGGUCGACAGGAGACGGAAAGGAGGAGCCGCUUUUCGAAAACGGACUUAACAGCCGGCGGAUCCGCGCGCGACGUUGCCCUGAUCGCGGAAGGUGUCAGUCAGCGAGCGAAGGACAAGUUACGAAGGAGUUGCGCGAGGAGUGAAGUGAAGCGACUGCCGAUACAGAGGGGAAAAAAAGGAAGAAUCGGCGCAGCGGAUGGGUGCAAGGAGGAUCGACGAGACGGUAGGAGAUGCCAGGUAGUUCUCUGCACUUUGAUGGGGCGGGAAAACGGGAGGAAGAGGGAAAACUCGCGGCGUAGCGGGUGAAAAAGGUAGCGGAGGAAAAGUUGCUGAAGGAAAAGUUGAGCGGAUAACGGUUGGAGGACGAGAUCCUCCUCUCGAGAGAACGCGCGCGCGCGCUAUCAGAUAGACGUGGGAUAAGAUUAAACAGAGGGAGAGCCGAGUCGGCGGGUAAGGGAGGGAUAAAAAUAGAGGGAGGACUGAUCGCGAAUAAGAAUAGGAAGGAGAGGCGGGGAAGGAGUGAGGGAAGAGAAACAAAGGGGAGGAAGGAAAGGAGAAGCGCGAGGAAAGGCGUGCGAGAUCGAGAGACGGGACACCUUGGCCCGCGCGGGACGAUUGAAGAAGCAGCAGCGGAUGAAACGAGAGGGCAGGGUGAUGAUCGGAUAAGAAUGAAGAAGCCCACGACGAACCUCGGAAUUAGCAUCCUGCUCCUUUUGUCCUCGAUCUUUCUGGACUGGCGCACCGCGGCGAUCUCGGGACCGCCGGUCGCACUCGCUGGCGCGAGCCGGGGAAACGUCGGCGACGCGACGCCGCCGAUGCACAAGGUCCAGUUGACGCAAAAAGGUUACAUCCAGUUUCUCAGAUGGGAACUGCCGGUGCCAGCGAUCCACGAGUUUACAUUCUGUCUGUGGGUGAAGUCCAAUGAUCUCAAACAUCCUCAUUCGAUUUUUUCAUACUCGAGGAACGAGCGCGAACGUUUGAUUCGAUCUUGGAUAUCGCCGCGCGGAAGGAGCGUUCACCUGGAAAUCGACGGUGUGGAGGUGUUCGGAUGGCAGGUUGGCAUACGAGAGCACCGUUGGCACCACAUAUGUCAAAGCUGGGAGAAUCGGGUCGGUCGUUACGCCCUGUGGCUCGACGGGCAUUUGGAGUUGCAAGGUCAUUCCGAAAAGAUGAUCGAUCACGUGGUGCCGGCGGGCGGCGAUAUUGUCCUGGGUCAAGAAUACACGGACUUCGAUAAAGGGCUCGAGGAGGGCAUUGAGGGUUCGGUUUUGGGCUUCAAUCUUCUGUUGGCCUCGGCCUUCGAUUUCCUCGACUACGGCUAUCAAAGGCUUCCAUUCCCGCCGGCCGUCGCUACCAAUCUGGCCGAGCACAAUCCGUACGUCGCGGGUAUUCGGGCGAAAAUAGCGACGACGGACGAUUCGGAUCGUGAAUCUGCGCUCGACAGACUCGUUUCCUGGCGAUUCGUGCUCAGCCCCAAUUGGUUCCGCCGAAUUUUGCGAUGGAGCGCAGAAGCGGCGCGGAGCGAUGAAAGUUCCGCAAUUUCGCCGUCGUCGUCGUCGCACCUGCCGGACGCCACCGACGGGCCGGAGAGGGGAGGUGCGUCGCCGGUGCGCAGAAACGUGAUCGGAGAAAUCAACGCCGCGCUCGAGAUCGCGCCGGACGCUCCCUUGGGUCUGCACUUGGUGAAAUUGUCCUACGCGCAUUGCCAACUGGGCAGAGGCAGCCCUCCCAUAGGCGGCUCGCUGAUGCUGAUUUCCUGGAGCAGGACACCCGUAAAGGUGUUCGGCGGUGCCACCAUCAAAAACGUCGGCAACCAGUGCGGCCGUUUCUGAGGGAAAACCUUAUUCGACCCUUCCGUCGCGACGGGGAGGAAAGCACGGAAUCGAAAUCCGCGUCCCAUUCGGAUCUUCUCCUCGAGCCUUCCACUCCGUGGGACACUGAGCCCACCCUCGACGCUCAUUCCCCCUGGGAGAUCUUCUGAGAGAACGUUCUGAGAUACAAGAGGAAAAUAAUGUUUGCUGCCGCAGCGAAACUAUCGUUGUUGUUGCACAUAUUUGUCGCGACGGCGUUAAAACGCACAAAUCGGCGAAUUAUUCGAAAUUAGAGCAGAAACAGUUUUGUCGCCGGGACGGAAAAAUGGCUGAGCGAAUUUAUCCUUGAGGCGCGUUAAUUCGAUGUUAAAACUAAAAUAGUGCUUUCUUGUACUUACUAAUUGCUUUUCAUCGCAAAAUAAUUUGUAGAUUCGGCAAAAUAAUCCAACGAACAGCAAUUGGUGCUCUGAACAAAUCGUUUUGCUGUCCACGUAAUGAUAACCGAUAGAUUUUGCUGCGACGGUAUUAACGAAAUUAUUGAAUCAUUAGAUUACUUUUCUCCGUGUAGGCGUUCGGCUCGCUCCCGUGAACAUUUUUAUCGGAAUUGCCUCCUCGUAUUAUUAUAUUUUAUAUUAGCGGACUAGUGCCAUGCCGUCGAGCUGAAGACGGUCACCGAUGAUGGACGACGAGCGCGAAGGAUCGAUAAUGUCGGCAGGAAACGAAUUCACGCUGGAUCAUGCAUUUUUCGUCGAACUGAACGCAGAGACGAAACGUAAUAGUUUAGCGCACGUAUGCCAUAAUACAGUGGUAAAUGUACCUGUUGACGUGUAA